AUGAUCUAUCUUCUCAUGCUUGCAGGAGGAGGCGACACGACGCUGACACACAACAUCAAUCUCCCAACGACCCUGCUGUUCACCUUGCGGGCGCAUUACGAUUGGAUGAAUCAGAAUUAUCCGGCUUCACGCACUGCCGUAGACAAGACGGUUAUCGACGCAGUGGCAUGGGACGACUGGGUCUUCAAUGAAUCAAAAUGUCGAACGGCGAUGCUGUAUUUCAUGUUUGGGCUCUUCUUCGACAUUGAGUUUGGCCUGCCGUGCGACCGUGAGCUUGACUAUCAUCCUGUAGAUGUCAACCUUCCAGCGCCGAAGCCCCUAUGGGAAGCAAGAGACGAUCUGUCGUGGCGUGCAGAAUAUGAUAUUGCUUGCCACCCGAGGGACCCAGAUUUGAAAUAUGGGGACUUGUUGCAGCUCAACCAGCAAGAUGUUGGCGCUGAGGAUGAAAACGCGGAGGAGAUACAGCGACUCGUAAGAAGGGUAGAGAAGUGGCACGAGGAGAUGGAUGACUUCGGCAUGCUCGUCACAUUCUGCAGCACCAUCAUAGGGCAAUGA